AUGGGCGGCGAGGCGAAACCCCUGCCGCCUCCGCGGUCGCAGUACCACGCGGAGCGCAUCCGCGACGUCUUCACGCAGCUCGACGUCAACGGGAAAGGGAUCUUGUCGUUCGACGAGAUCAGGCUAGGCUUAGAGAGAGAAGGGUUCGACUGGGUGCGUCUCGCGUCGGAAUCCUUCCCGAGCGCGAUGACUCUCCGCGCGAUUCGUCCGCGCGCGACGUCACCGUCGUCCGCGUCGCGUCGCGUCGGCGCGUCGCUCGUCGCCGUUCCCCUCCCCUCGCCGUGCCCAUUUUGGAUGCGACGUCCCGUCCCCCGUCGCCGACGCCUCACCGCCCCACCUCGCCCCCCCCCAAAAAAAACUCCGCAGUCGCUCGCGAACCUCGACGGGAAGAAGGUGACGCGCGCGAUCGCGCUCGAGGCGUCCAGCGCGGGUCACGAGACGGUCGACUUCGACGCGUUCUGGGAGUUUUGCAUCAUGUCCGGGGAGAAGCCCGGCGUGGACCCGGUGCUGGACGCGCACGCGUACCUCACCGAACACAAAGUCGUCGCGAUCGUGGAGGGAAUGACCGCGGCGCUCAUGGUGGCCAAACCGGAGGACGUGAAACCGUUCUUGGUGGAGCGGUUAGAGCGGUUGAAAGCGAGCGGGACGCCGGUGAACCACUUCACGGACGAGGACCUCGCGACGAUGUUCGACGUCUUCGACGUCUCCCGCCACGGCGCAAUCACCGCGGCGCAGUGUAACCGCGCGCUGAAGGCGUUGACGGGGCGCGACGGCGAGGUCAGGGGUGGGGUGGACGAGAGCGUCGCGACGGUGACGAUGCGGGCGUUCAUCAAGCACGCGAGGGCGGCGCUGGACGACCACUGCUCGUGA